AUAAUAGGGAAUUGCGUGAAAAUGAAUCAAUUCACAGAAUCAAGUCUCAAUAGGAAUUAGGAAAUUUGGAAAUGGCCUUCUUUUGGAUGAACAUGCACGUCCCUCCUUCAUCAUCGCACCUGCCCCUCACGUGUCUCCAUCCCUUCUGCUUUUUAAGCCCUCCGUCGUGUUUUGCUGACUAUCUCUCUCAACUUUCCACUCACCGCUCUUCCCUCUGCUGCUUCAGCCCUCUUCUCCUCUCCCCCUCUCUCUCUGACACCCCUAGAUUCUGCAGUUUCCUUCCUUCUUCCUUCCCUUUCCUUUCCAACGCUAACGUAUCUUUCCAUUUCUCGACACUUUCCCACUUUCUUCGCUUCUCAUAAUAAUCUCUAUUGCCUUGAUUGGCCCGCUUUUGUUUGCUGAAUUCUAGGCCGCUCCCCAUGAACUCUGUGCACUUGUUUUCCCUCCCCUCUAUGUUCCAUUCGUCUCAUAAAUUUCGCCUAUUCACUAUUCCCGCUCCCUGAAUUUUGCUCUGUCUCUUUUUGCUUCAUCAUGUCCUCUGGCUCCUCGCUGGAUUCCGAAAAAGGGCUUCGUGACAACCAAAACAACAUCAGGAAGCGUGCUUGUUCCUCUUCUUCUUCCUCUUCUUUGGUCCGACGAAAACACCGAUUCAAGCGAGCCAUUUUGGUUGCCAAGAAAGGAGGUUCAAGCACCCCCGUGCCCAUGUGGAAGACUCGCUCGACGUCGUCCCCUUCUCCUGCCGCCCAUCACCUUGCUAAAUUCCCGAACACCUUGUCUCCUCCUUCUGGCUUCACCGCCGAAGAUAAUGAAUUCUCUGUGUCGGCGAGAAAACUCGCUGCUGCAUUGUGGGAAAUCAACGAUGUAUCUUCAUCGAAGAUCGACAAGGAUCUAGAGACAGAACGAGUAAGUAGACGUAAGGGGAUGAGAAGCAGAGAGAAAGCCAUGAGCUUAUCGAGAUCGGACUUAUUGCGGCCUCAUGUGUCAGAUCCAUUGGACACUCCUAAAUCAGAGAUGAACGGGACUAAAGGUCAAAAGUUGAAAAAAAGAGUGUCUAAUAAACUUCAGGCGGGUGAUCACUACUUCGGAGGGUUCGAUGUUCUUAGCAGUCCCGCUUUCAAGGAGGCAGAAAAUCAGCCAAGAAACAAGACUUGUGGUAAAUGCACAACAGGUGUUAAGAACCGUUUGAAGGAGGCUAGAAGUGGUCUAUCCACAUCUAGGAAGCUUCUGAAGAUUUUAAACCAAAUGUGCCUCCAAGAGCCGCAUUCGUCAAGCAUACCCGUCAUCUUGGCCCUGGGAAGUGAACUUGAUCGGGCUUACAACCAGAUUGAUCAACUGAUUCGAGACCAGAGCUCAAAUCAGAAUGAUAUUGAGUUCCUCAUGAAGCGUUUUGCGGAAGAAAGGGCUGCUUGGAAAAGAAGGGAACGUGAAAAAGUUCGAGAUGCCAUAACACAUGUUGCAGAGGAGCUUGAGGUGGAGAAGAAGCUAAGAAGGCAAACUGAAAGGUUAAACAAAAAGAUUGCUGAAGAAAUGGCUAAUGUGAAAGCUUCACACUUGAAAACAUCGAAGGAGCUUGAAAGGGAGAAACGGGCAAAGGAGAUUCUGGAGCAGAUUUGUGAUGAGCUAGCUAAAGGAAUCGGAGAAGACAGAGCACAGGUAGAAGAACUCAAAAGGGAGUCAGCUAAAGUUCGGAAAGAAGUGGAAAAGGAGAAAGAGAUGCUUCAGUUGGCUGAUGUUUGGCGUGAGGAGAGAGUCCAAAUGAAACUUUCAGAGGCUAAAUAUCAAUUUGAGGAGAAAAAUGCUGUCCUUGAAAGGCUGAGAAACGAGCUUGAGGCCUUUUUGAGAACUAAGGAUGAUGAAGGGAAAGAUGAUGUUUCUCCAGGGUUCAAAAACAUAAAGGAUCUCGAAUCUUAUUGGAACAAAACAUAUUGGGGAUAUCAAACUGCUCGGAAAGAGGACGAUUUGGAUGUUGGAGAUGGAGUGGAUCACGAAGGAGAUGACUCUGCUGACAGUGAUCUUCAUUCCAUUGAAUUAAACAUGGACAAUGACAACAAAAGCUGCAAGUGGAGUUGUACUUAUGGAAAUGACGCUCAAGACGAUUCUGGAGGAAUUUCAGUGGACAAAGAAGAAAGUAUAGGAAGGAAAUCUUUCUCCGAGAAAAUUCAGUGGACAAGCAUUUGUUUCAACAAGGGAAAUACCGGUAGUAAGAAGAGGGAUUUUGGUAUAGAAAUCAAGGAAAUUUCUGAUGAACUUGAUCAGGAAAUAUCCAGCGGGUUGUCUCCACGAGGUCAUGCGCGAGAUGACAUGGAUAAAAUUGAGAGUUACAGGUCUAUGAUGGGUCUCCGAGAUGGAAUAUCAUGUGCUAAUCCUGCUCAGAGAUGUGGUCAACCAUUGUUUUUGCAGGAUACAGUUGGCGAAUCUGAGGAUAAUUCUGUCGUCAUAGAGAGAGAAGAUUUGAUGCGAGAAGCUGCGGGUAGAAAAUCCGGACGGUAAGAGAUGAUGAUAAUCAGCACAAUACCUAGGUUUCACCAAUGUUGUUCCAUAUUAUUAAUUCUUGGUUUGCUGAAUAUGUUCAAGGGUCAUCAUCGCUGGCAUCAUAGUUUGCAUCCAUCCAAGUUAUAUAUAGCGAAAAAACUGUAUAUAUUAAUUAAAUUAAGUACAAUAGCACACAACAGUUUUGCUUCUGGUCAUCUGUUUCUCGUUUGAAGAGGAAGGAGAAGAGAAAUAGCAUUUCUAUUUGAACUUGUUAAUUCAGAGUAGCGAGACUAAUGAUGGCAUGAAAAUGAAAAGGAUUCUUUUUUUUUUUUUGGUGGGGGAGUGGAGAAGAAAAUAAUGGAGAGCUGUUGGGUGCCAGGGCUGCAAAAUAAGAGAAACGAGAUUCCGGCUGGGGUAUGACAACACAUAAAAUGGGUUGGGGGGGGGGUGUGGCUGAGAUUUAAACAAGAGUGAGUAGGGUCUGGCGCAGACAGGGUGACAGAGAUGAGCAUUAUUGGAUGCUUCCAAGGAUUCAAACGUUUGAACACCGUCCUCUGUAUUCCAUUGCCAUUGCCGUUCUUUUUGUUUGGAUGUCAACACUGACAGCACAUUCUCGUGAUGUAGGACUGUAUAAUUCACAUCUUUACCCCAAUAAUAAUGUUUUUCCCCCUCCUGCGCUUGUA